AUGGCCAGGACUGGAUUUGUAGCCAUCGGCAUUCGCUUUGAAAACACGACAGGGAGGGCUGGGAACCAAGCGGUUGCGUUUAGGCAGUCGGCCGACAACGCGGCCUUCUACGAGUGCGAGUUCUUCGGGUCGCAGGACACCCUGUAUGCGCACGUGAAUACAACUGGCUGGAUGGACUGGGUGGGUACAGUGUACAACACUUCCAUGUUCAUCGAGCGAGGCAACAGUGGGCCGGGGUCUGUGGGGCCGCGCAUAGCGUGGGCACUGCCGGGCAUCGUGACUGACCCUGCGCAGGUCGCCAUGUACUACCCCAACAGCUUCCUCGCCCCCUUGUCCACCAUCGCCAAACUCAUUCCCUUCCCCUGGCUCUGA